GCUACUCUCUCCUGAAUUAGAGACAGAGACAAAAAGCCCUAGAAAAAAAGUCGAACACUUGUGGUGGAGCAGAGCACGAGGAUGCAUUGGGUUGCGACCAGAAACGCCGUCGUUUCGUUCCCUAAAUGGCGUUCCUUCGCCUUCCUCUUCCGCUCGCCAUUUCGCAAUUACUCCUCCUUCAAACCCUCGCCACUUCUACUUAGCAAUACAAGGUACUCUGUGAGGACAUACUGUCUUGGAGAUCGAAAGGCUGUGAAAGGAAUCACUACGGCUUCUAGGAAAGUUAAGACCAAGCCAAGUGAUGCUCUCACUGACAAAGAUCUCUCUCAUUUGGUCUGGUGGAAAGAGAGAUUGCAGACAUGUAAGAAACCAUCUACUCUUCAGCUUAUCGAAAGGCUCAUGUACACUAACUUAUUGGGUUUGGACCCCAGCCUGAGGAAUGGAAGUCUAAAAGAUGGAAACCUCAACUGGGAGAUGUUGCAGUUCAAGUCAAGGUUUCCACGCGAGGUUUUGCUCUGCAGAGUUGGAGACUUCUAUGAGGCUCUUGGCAUAGAUGCAUGUAUACUCGUUGAGUACGCUGGUCUAAAUCCAUUUGGUGGUCUUCGUUCAGACAGUGUUCCAAAAGCUGGUUGCCCAGUUGUGAAUCUUCGUCAGACUUUGGAUGACCUAACACGCAACGGUUAUUCAGUGUGUAUUGUGGAGGAAGUUCAGGGGCCAACACCAGCUCGUUCUCGUAAAGGUCGAUUUAUUUCAGGGCAUGCCCAUCCAGGAAGUCCUUAUGUAUAUGGGCUCGUUGGUGCUGACCACGAUCUUGACUUUCCGGAGCCUAUGCCUGUUGUUGGGAUAUCUCGCUCAGCAAGGGGGUAUUGCAUGAUAUCUAUAUUCGAGACUAUGAAAGCAUACUCGCUAGAUGAUGGUCUUACAGAAGAAGCCUUGGUCACUAAGCUCCGCACCCAUCGCUGUCAUCAUCUUUUCUUACAUGCAUCAUUGAGGCACAAUGCAUCAGGGACAUGCCGCUGGGGAGAGUUUGGGGAAGGAGGUCUGCUCUGGGGAGAAUGCAGUGGCAGGAAUUUUGAAUGGUUUGAAGGAGAUGCUCUUUCCGAGCUCUUAUCAAAGGUCAAAGCUGUGUAUGGUCUUGAUGAUGAAGUUUCCUUUAGAAAUGUCAACGUACCUUCAGAAAAUCGGCCACGUCCGUUGCAUCUUGGAACGGCUACACAAAUUGGUGCCUUACCCACUGAAGGCAUACCUUGUUUGUUGAAAGUGUUGCUUCCAUCUACAUGCAGUGGCCUGCCUUCCUUGUAUGUCCGGGAUCUUCUUCUAAACCCACCUGCUUAUGAUAUUGCUCUGAAAAUUCAAGAAACGUGCAAGCUCAUGAGCACAAUAACAUGCUCAGUUCCGGAGUUUACAUGUGUCUCUUCUGCUAAGCUUGUGAAGCUUCUUGAACAACGGGAAGCCAACUACAUUGAGUUCUGCCGAAUAAAAAAUGUGCUUGAUGAAGUAUUACAUAUGCAUAGACAUCCCGAGCUUGUGGAAAUCCUGGAGUUGUUGAUGGAGCCUACCUGGGUGGCAACUGGUUUGAAGAUUGACUUUGAAACUUUUGUCAACGAAUGUCAUUGGGCUUCUGAGUCAAUUGGUGAAAUGAUCUCUCUAGACGACGAUGAAAGUCAUCAGAGUGUAAGUAAAUGUGCUAAUGUCCCGAACGAGUUCUUUUAUGAUAUGGAGUCUUCUUGGCGAGGCCGCGUUAAAGGAAUCCAUAUAGAGGAAGAAAUCAGUCAAGUGGAAAAAUCAGCUGAGGCUUUAUCUUUAGCGGUAACUGAGGAUUUUCACCCAAUUAUAUCAAGAAUUAAGGCCAUGGCUUCAUCACUUGGCGGCUCGAAGGGCGAAAUAGCGUAUGCAAGAGAACAUGAGUCUGUUUGGUUCAAGGGGAAACGGUUUACACCAUCUGUUUGGGGUGGUACUGCAGGGGAAGACCAAAUUAAGCAGCUGAAACCUGCUUUGGACUCGAAAGGCAAAAAGGUUGGAGAAGAAUGGUUUACGACCCAAAAGGUUGAAGCUGCUUUAGUCAGAUAUCAUGAAGCUAGUGAGAACGCAAAUGCCCGGGUCUUGGAGCUGUUGAGGGAGCUAUCUGCUAAGUUGCAAACAAAAAUAAAUGUCCUCGUCUUUGCAUCUAUGCUUCUCGUCAUUGCAAAAGCAUUAUUUGCUCAUGCUUGUGAAGGGAGACGACGAAAGUGGGUUUUUCCAACUCUUGUUGGAUUCAGUACAGAGGAGGGCGCAAAACCAUUGGAUGGUGCUGGUCGAAUGAAGCUGUCUGGUCUAUCACCUUAUUGGUUUGAUGUAGCUUCUGGGACUGCUGUUCACAAUACGGUUGACAUGCAAUCACUGUUUCUCCUAACUGGUCCUAACGGUGGUGGUAAAUCGAGUUUGCUCAGAUCGAUUUGCGCGGCUGCUCUACUUGGAAUCUGCGGGUUUAUGGUUCCUGCUGAAUCAGCUUAUAUCCCUCACUUUGAUUCCAUCAUGCUUCAUAUGAAAUCUUAUGACAGCCCUGUAGAUGGAAAAAGCUCGUUCCAGGUAGAAAUGUCGGAAAUACGGUCUAUUGUAAGCCAGGCUACUUCGAGAAGCCUAGUGCUUAUAGACGAGAUAUGCAGAGGGACAGAGACAGCUAAAGGAACCUGUAUUGCCGGUAGUGUGAUCGAGUGUCUUGACGCAACUGGUUGUUUGGGUAUUGUUUCUACACAUCUCCAUGGAAUCUUCAGUUUGCCUCUUACAGCCAAAAACGUCACUUACAAAGCCAUGGGAGCUAAAAAUGUGGAAGGGCAGACAAAGCCAACUUGGAGAUUGACAGAUGGAGUCUGCAGAGAGAGUCUUGCGUUUGAAACAGCUAAGAGAGAAGGCGUUCCAGAGACAAUCAUCCAGAGAGCCGAAGCUCUUUACCUCUCUGUUUAUACAAAAGAUGCAUCGUCUGGAGUUGUCAAACCAGACAAAACCGAAACUUCAUCCAACAAUGAACAGCAGAUCCACAAACCAGUCAGCUCUGAGAGAAGCUUGGAGAAGGAACUAGCAAAAGCUAUACUCAAAAUCUGUGGAAGAAAGAUGGUUGAGCCUGUAACUCUAGAAUGUCUUUUCAUCGGUGCUCGAGAGCUCCCGCCUCCAUCUACAGUUGGUUCUUCAUGCGUGUACGUGAUGCAGAGACCUGACAAGAGGUUGUACAUUGGACAGACGGAUGAUCUUGAAGGACGGAUACGUGCACAUAGGGCAAAGGAAGGAUUGCAAGGGUCAAGUUUUUUAUACCUUGUGGUGCAAGGUAAGAGUAUGGCUUGUCAGCUAGAGACUCUGUUGAUUAACCAGCUCCAUGAACAAGGCUACUCUCUAGCUAACCUAGCCGAUGGGAAGCACCGCAAUUUUGGGACGUCCUCAAGCUUGAGUACAACAGAUGUAGUCAGUAUCUCCUAGUUAUUAACCUUAGCUUUGACUGUAGUCUGUUAUUGAUCACCUCUCUAUUUGGGUUAGUGUAAUUGCACAAGUUAGUUUAGAUGUAGAGAGAGAGCUUGAGGACAGGAAAGAAUGCAUGCCGGUUUGCUUUUUGAGGCUUUUUUUGAGAUUUAGCAAACGGCACGCAGUUCUAGGCUUGCAAGCAGAUGCAGCAAUUACAAAUUUUGGGUCUUCGGUGUAACUGUCAUUUUCAUGUAUCCGAUCAUGUAAUAUUUUUAACAAAACAUUAUUUGUAAUGUACUAAUUGUUCUGCAUUUGUUUAUUUAUUUUUA